GCGGAGUGUCAUUAUAUUCCAUGCCUGGCAAUUGUCUGCGUAUUCCUCGAAUUGCUAUCUGCCUUCAUACGCAAAAGUUUCCUCAGAGCGUCUUUCUUCUGCUGCUCUCUUGUCUUGCUUGCUCCAUGUCGAUGAAAGAUCAGUUUCGGCACCUGCCAGCCUUUGCCGGAGAGAGGAGGAGGAGGAGCAAUGGAUUUGCGGCUCGAGCCCUGUGUGUGAGAAGAGGUCGAGGAGGAAGGAGAUAAGACGGCCGGCGCAUUCUUCGUCUUCCAAGUCUUCUGCAGGCGACGAAUGGCAUAGCUAUCAGCAUUUGACCAGUGCGACCGCUGCUUCGUGGGAGGUCGAGUAGCUGCAUUGGACGGGUGGGAUGAUACAUGGGAUGCAUGGGGAGAAGGGAGAGGAGAAGGGGGAGGAGGAAAUUGCUCGCAGGAUGGAGGACGGAG